CUUCGGGUAGUGCGGGACUGCUGAGCCACUUCAUGACAGGCGGAAACACUUCCGGAUUGGUCAUAAGAAAAGCGAAGAGCAGGUCUUCUCGUCGACAGGAGAAAGGGAAAACAGCACUAACUACAUCAGAACACGCGUACGAAGAUGCACCUAGUAUUCCGGAACGAAGGAAAGCGCAGCGCGACCCAGCAGGCAAUGACUUGGUUAUUGUGUCACCUACGACAACGGAGACCACGGAGGCCAGGCAUCAAGAAGGAGCAACAAGUUCUGCCAACCGCGUUGAUGAUCUCCACACUAGACGAUAUCCGCAAACCAUGGGUCGUCGGUAUGUGGAAGAUACUUUGUUCCCAGAGCAUAAGAAGCCGAAUCAUAAGCGCAUUCUGGCAAACGGGCAGUAUGAUCCCUUAAUGCAACCUUACUCUCACCAUGGACACCCAC